AUGGUAGUUGCAAUCACGAAGUACUUUGACUGGACACUGGACCUACUGGACGUGGUGACAGCUUUGCUAUGCGGAGAGAUGAAGGAAAAGGUAUUCUGCGCGAUCCCAGAAGGGGUCGAAGUUGAUGAAGACUUUGACUGCUUCGAAUUGUUGAAGGCGAUCUACGGACUAAAACAAGCUUCGCGAGUAUGGAACGAGAAUUUCCAUGAGUUCGUCUGCUCCAUUGGAUUCCAAGUAUCCGAUUUUGACCCGUGUCUUUAUCUCAAGAUUACAAGUGGCGAGUGCGUGCUUUUGCUGGUAUACGUCGAUGAUGUGUUGGUGACUGGCAGCUCGACCGAACUGAUUAUGCGCACCAAGAGUGACUUGAAGGCGCGUUUCGAAAUGACUGACAGCGGCAAGUGCGCAUUCGUGUUGGGCAUCGAGAUGGUGUACAACGACAACGGUAGCGUGACGAUAUGCCAGCGACGCUACGUGGAAGAUGUUCUCAAGCGUUUUGGCAUGAGCGACUGCAAAGCCGUCACCAGCCCAACAGACAUCAGUUCUUGA